AUGAAUGCUAAAGAUAUUCGUUUUAUGGCUUUAAAUCAUAUCAAUGAUAUUUUGCAUUUGAUGGGACAUGAUAUUAAUGAAUAUAAUCUAAUUCCUGAGAAAAUUAAACCUUCAGCUGCUGUAAGAGAAACCAAUGACUAUCAUUUUGAAAGAAACAUCAUUGUUAGAGAAGAAGAUUUGCUUCUAGAGAGAAAAUUAAAUAUCGAACAACGAAAAGCGUAUGACACGAUUCUUAAUAGAAUAUUUUCUAACAAAUCAGGAGCAUUUUUCCAUAUAUUUCUUACAAAUACAGAGGCAUUUUUCAUUGAUGGACCUGGAGGAACUGAAAAAACUUUUCUAUACCGUGCUUUAUUAGCUGCUGUACGAUCAAAAGGUUUUGUCGCUUUAGCAACAGCAAGUUCAGGUGUUGCAGCUUCGAUCCUCCCAGGAGGACGAACUGCUCACUUCCGUUUUAAAUUUCCUAUUGAUAUCGAUGAACAAUAUUCUUGCAAUAUUAGUAAUCAAAGCGCACUUGCAACUUUAAUACGUGAUGCAAAACUAAUUGUCUGGGAUGAAGUAUCUAUGGCAAAAAAGAAAGUGAUAGAAACUUUUGAUAUUCUGAUGAAGGAUUUAAUGGAUACAAAUGCUCUAUUUGGAGAAAAGUGGUCGUUUUCGGUGGUGAUUUUAGACAAACUCUCCCAGUGGUUAGGAGUGGAANAAUUAAACUAA